AUGAACAACCAAUCCACGUCUUGGACUUGCAUGGCUGCAGAAAUAACAUUUGAACUCACGACAAUUGUCCGCAAUAUCGGGGGCCUUCACGCGCAAAUGUACUUUUAUUUCGUUUUUUUUUUAAUUGUACAGUUAUUGUAUAAUUUUUCGUUCAGCUUCAAUCAUAUUUCGAAAAAAACUGUUCAAGCAGCAGCCGUAAUUUUUGAAUUAUUUGUUCUCAAAAAAAUUGAAAUUAUUUUGUUUUUUUUUGUACUUUUUCUCUUUUUUUCGAAGUUUCAUAGCGAAUGUCAUGGCUUUCGAAAGUUACUGACAUUGCUGGAGCGGCAGAAAGCUUUGCUGAACAAGCUUGAUGAAAAAGGUCUGAUUUUUCACUUAUAAGGCUUGAAUAUUUCCAAAUAAACUGUAGGCUGGAGACGCGAUUCACACCGUUAGGGACAAGCCAUCAACAUCAAGAAUUCGUAAGUCGAGUACGGCCAGCGUUCCUCCAACAGCUGUACCUCUACCGGUUUGUUCACUAAAAAGCUUUCAUUUUUUUAACUUUAGGAUAUAUAUUUCUUUUUCAGGAAUACGACCGGCCUAUAGUGACGGAAGACGUUGGCCGUGGAGCACUUUCGAUCCCUUCGCGCGCCUACAGCGACUACACUGGCGGUCAACCUGUUCGAAAGCCACGUCCUCCUGUUGAGUCGUUAGUUUAUUUUUCAAGCUGUGCAAAAACAGUUUUUUCUCCCAUUUAUUUCAUUCUUAUCCUUUUUUAAUAUUGCGAGCAAACUCCGAUAAUUUUUUUCCCAUUUUUACUUUCCUAUUUCUUUUCAUGAAUAUCAUGAUCUUGAUCAUUACUGUCGUGUUUAUUUGGUUAAUUUUUUUAAAGCAAAAGUCAGGCUUGACCUACAUUAACACUCCAACCGCAUUUGUUCCUGGAAUUUCAGGCUCUUGUCAUCUUCAGAAUCUGUGAAUUGGUUUAUAAAUCAGAUACACGCGAAAAAAGUUUCAGUUCAACCACUAAUGAAUCAAGCCGCGACAACUGGACAUUAGUUCUCAACGAAGGAGGGAAAGAUCCCGAAAUUUCGACCCGAGAUGAGGACAGCAGAAGUCGCAGGAGCAGUGGAGGAAGAAGCAUUGCCAGCGUUCGUACCACCAAUGGAUGUCCGUUUCUUACCUGCUGAAAUAUUUUAUUUUUUUUUGGCCUCUGAAAGAAUUUCAUCUUCAUCUUCAUUUUCCAGCCGAAAUGCAUACCGCCGACGUUUCUCAGUUAAAAUCACAACUUUGGGCGAAAGAUUCUCAAAUUUCGUUGAUGAAGGCGAAAAUUGCUGUGAGUUCAACCUUUUACUUCUUUUUUAUGCUUUUUUUAGGAUGUGGAGAAAAAGCUGGAGAAACGCAGUCAAGAUUACUACGAAAUGAAAGCUGAGAAGGUUUCACUCACCAUUUAGUUUUUUUUUUUUUUUGUAUUUUGUGAUUCAGGACAUGAUCGAACAAAGAUUGGCCAAUCAGAAGCAGUUCGUGGAGAAUGCGGACAGUCUCGAGGAAAUGAAGUUGGCGAGGUUUUCAAUCGAGAAUAUUUUUCGAAGAACAGUUGUUUUUUUAGGAAGAAAGCGCAACAUCAGAAAGACAUGGUGGUCGAGGAAUGCAAUCAGAUGAAAAGGAAAGUCGUUGGCUUGGAGGAGGAAAUCCGAGCCAUGGUCGAGCAGGUGCAGGAAAAAGUAUAAAUCGUAUUCGAGCCUCUUUUUGUAGCUGCGGUUGGCGAAGUUCAACUUGAACGAGAACAAAAAAGAGUUUGAUGAGUACAAGACGAAAGCUCAGAAGAUUUUGACAGCCAAGGAGAAGCUCGUCGAGUCGUUGAAGGCUGAGGUGCGUACUUUGAAAGUAUUUUCUACGUUCGUUAAUUCACGACCUCUCAUAUUUUUUCUUCUCGAAGAGGCUUCUAAAAACUGAGCGGAAACUAGAAAAAAAGGGCGGAAUUUUCGAAAAUUGCAAAGUCAGACAGUGUUCACGCGCACUCAGUUACUCACAUCUUCAAAAUCGGUGAAUUUUAGAGAAAUUACGAUUUUCGAGUGUGAAACUUACAUUUUUUUAAUACUGCUUGUCGAUUCUUUUUAUCAGGAAGGUUUGGACCGAUUUAUUGAUUUAGUAUCCCAAACUUUGGUCUAUAUUCUCAAAUUAAAACUCAAAGGUAAGGCUGAGUUUCGAAAAAAGAAAAUAUAUAAAAUCGGAUAAUGUUCUAGAUCCUUAGAAAAUACGAAUAUAUAGAACAAAUUUAUGUUUACAUUUCGGGACUUUGAACAGUUUCUAAAAAUCGUAAUGAGAGGGGAUAGUUUUUAGAAGCGUCUCAGAGAGCAAAAAUACAGUCGGUCAUCAAUAAAUAUAAAUAAAUCGCGUUCUUAUCAAGUUCUUUCCUCCAGCAAGGAAUCGGCUCCGUGGAUCGUCCUGGACAUCUUCUGCAAGCGGAAGUUGAGGAAAUAAAAGUGGAAAGGUUUUUAGAAAAUUUGUUUUCAUUUGAAAAAAAAACAGAAUUCAGGGACUUGGCUCGUUCUGACUUAGAGUCGGCUCAACUCCAAGUUUACACUUUGAGAUCAGAUAUGGAAGAACUUGAGGCUCAAAUUCGGUAGCCGUAUUCUCCUUCAAAACAAAAAAUUAUUAUUCAUUUAGCGAUCUGCAAUCUCAAUUAGGAGAGCAUAAACGGGGGUACCUCGAAGAGAGACAUUCGUGGGAGACGACCGUCACUUUGCUCAAUGAAAAGGUCGAAUGUGCAAGGUCAGUUCCAAGAGAGAAUAUAACAAAAGUCCGAUUUUCAAGAAUCGAGAGUGAGUUCGCCAAACAAGAAAUGAAGCGGCAAAACGACGCCAAUCACCAGAAAAUCCAGGAAAAAGAAGCGGAAUUGAGGAGAGCCGUCGAAGAAGGCCGCGCCAGGUUCACUGCACAAUAAAUUCGUCGUUACUGGAUAUUAUUCGCAGAAAACGCGAAGAGGUGUAUCGAAACUAUGACAAUGACAAAUCGAUUGGAGAGAUGCUCCUCCAAAAGCAGCAGGAGUUGGAAGAAGCUCUUAGGACAAACCAAGUUCUGAACGUUCGUCUGGAUAGACUUCAGGUAUUUCAAGUUCAAAUGAAUUGAAAAAAUAAGAAAAACGGCUUAAACGAGACAUGUAAAAAUCACCGAUUAUAUGAAUUUUUGAAAAAAAGUAUUAUGAGCGGAAACAUUGUCAAUAAGUUAUGUUGUACCGUUGAAAUUUCGUGCAUAGUAGCAAAAUUAUAUUAUUUUCAAGCUUAUUAUUUAUAUCAGAGACGAAAAGAAAAUUUCUAAAAGUUCCACUCUACGCCAGAAACGCCAAGAAACGAUAGAAUUAGAGCUCCAAAAUUUCUUUAGAAAAUCUUACAAAGUAGUGCAGAAAAGAAAAUAUGGAAAAAUGGAAUAAAGAUGUCGAAACAUGCUUAUCUUAUUGAAAUUUUCUUUUCUCAUCAACAUCAAAUUAUGUUAAGAAGUCGUCGCGCGAGACGGUGAUCAGCAUGGAGACGACGUCAUCGUUGUCUUCAAACUCGGCGACGUCGCCGCUGCUACAGAACGUGGCGAAUCCUCACGCACGCCACGCCAUUUCGGCCAUCGACUCGACGGCGUUCAGGGCUAUUUCCAUGUUGCGGAACUAUCCAUCUGCUCGUCUUUUUUUCGUUCUCUACUUUCUUGUUCUCCAUUUAUGGGUCUUCUUCAUCAUCCUCACUUAUACGCCCGAAAUUCACUGA